GCCGCGGACGACGUGACGGCGCUGCUGCAGAGCGAGGUGGUGGUGCGCCAGGCGGUGGCCGCCGAGGAGGGGCUCGCGGCCAAGGCUAAGAAGGCCGACCUCGUCGAGCAGAUCAGGCGCCUGCACGCCAAGAAGGAGCACGCGAAGGAGGACGACGACUUCAUGGAGAAGCUGCUCGGCCCCGGUGCGGGCGCCAGCCCGGAGCAGGCAGGGGCCUCCGGCCUGCAGCCGCCGCGGGGCAGCGCCAGCGCCGCCUCGCUGGUGCAGUUCUCCUCUGAGGAGGCUGCCGGGGACGCGCUGGCGCACCUGAUCGCCGAAGAAGCCUCGUGGGAUGUGCCACAGCUGGACAAGCAUGCCUGGCUGAUAGUGAUCCUGUGCGUCGAGUCGUUCGUGCUCUUCGUGACGAUCGGCCUGCCGAUAGCACUGUGGGCGCUCGCGACCUUCCUCGGCAGGUCGAUCAAAUUCGGGAUCGAGACGUGCGACAGGCUGUUCAUAGGCACCGAUGUCACCAUCAAGAGGCUGGAGACGAACAUUUUCCAGGGCAUUAUCGUGAUCGACGGGCUGGAGGUCGAGAACCCGAAGGAGGGCAAGUACAAGUCGCAGUACCUCCUCCGGGCGGGGCUCGUGCACAUAGACCUCGACAUGGCGGCCCUCAUAUGUAGCUUCUUCAGGCACGUCAAGAUCGAGAAGAUUGAGUUCAAAAACGUCGACGUCAUCUACGAGAGGGGCUGGAGCUCGUCGAACGUGCAGGAUGGGACGUCCUGGCGUUCCUGA